AUGGCAGCCAAGGCAGGUACCGCGAGUGUACUAGGCGGUUUAACUGGUGGCGACUUCAUUUCCGUCGCAGGUCUCCGCGUAGAUGGUCGUCGAAGUGAGGAAGUGCGCCGCAUUCGUACACGCUUUGGUCUCUUCUCCCGCGUAGACGGGUCUUCAUACUAUGAACAAGGCAACACCAAAGUUGUGGCUGUCGUUUAUGGACCCCGUGAGCUACGUACGGCGGCGGCAGGCUCUGUAAAUAGUGGUUCAGCAGCUGUCGGAACUGGCUCAGGAAAUGUAGCAAGUAACACACAGCCGCGCGCGACAAUCAAUUGUGAAUUUACACAAGCGGCUUUUGCGACAUCAGAGCGAAAACCACAGCGCAUUGGUGAUCGAAAAAAGCUUGAAAUGUCGCUAGCUGUUAAACAGAUCUUUGAGGCUUGUAUCCAGACUCAGUUGUAUCCUCGCUCUCAAAUCGACAUUUUUCUACAAGUGCUGCACGCUGAUGGCGGAGAGCUGCCAGCUAGCAUAAAUGCCAUUACUCUGGCGCUUAUUGACGCGGGUAUUGCUCUUAAUGACUUUGUAGUGGCAUCCUCAGCUGGAUAUUUACAGCAGACUAUGCUGUGCGAUUUGAAUUACGCGGAGGAAAUCGCCCGUUCGCCGCAGAUGGUGAUUGCUUUAAAUCCGCGCACACAGAAAAUGAAUCUGUUACAGAUGGAGUGCAAAUUACCUCUCGAAUUGUUUGAAAGUCUGAUGAAGGUGGCUUCUGAAGGUUGCAAUCAAAUUUAUGAUCUCUUACAGAAUGCUGUGCGCGAGAACACGUGGAAGCGAUUGCGUAUGCGCGGCACUGAAGGAUGA